GAAGUAAAAGAAAUAAGCUAGUAUUAUAGUAAAAAUGAAUCAACCCAUUGCUGGGUUAAAUAAACAACCCAGUUUGCUGGGUAACAUUAACCCAACAUGUGUUCUUCUGUCCUAUAUUUACCCAGCCCUUGGGUUGAAAACAAAAUUGGGUUGUUUUUUACAAACAUAUCAGAUUAUUGUUUCGAACAGCUCAAGCUUUCAGUUCAGAUCUACUUUCAUUAAAUAGUUGCAUGUUUCAAUUGUGUUUCCAAUAAUACAAGAAGUAGGUCACCCAGAUAUGCUCGACUGAUUUAGUAUUCAUUUUCUUGAAAUAUUUAGCUGUUCCAAUUCUACUACAUUAUUUGCAUAAUCCAGCAGGAAAAUGUGACUGUACGGCUCGCAGCAGCAGGUUUCCCUCUAACAUAUGAGUAGCUUCAUAAGCAAAGGGAAUCACGCUUGAUGUGUUUGGGAUGCUUUACUGUUAAAUGUGUUUGAUAACUCAACAGAUCGAGGUCAGCCAUUUUCUUUAUAUAAACAAAAGAGUGCAGCAGGACGUUAUCAGUUUGCGGCUCCUUCCUUCUCUCUGCUAUCACUGUAACCUUGAGAAGUUCACAUCCAGUCCUUUCCACCGCUUUGCUUCAAACGCACCAUUGGCCCAUAGAACUCAUUACUGCAGUGCAUGCUGGGAAUCAGGACUCUGUAAAUAUGUCUUUCCACUCAUUCAGCCAUCUGCUGUGAGCGAGAUGUCACAAUUAUUUGCUGAAUGAGAGUCAGCCUGUGUUUUGAUAGCGAGAGGUCAUUGAGUUUGAUUUAUCAGCUGGAGUAAAACAGCUGCUAUCAGGAGCGGCUCGAAGAACUGAUAGCGACGCUGGUCUUGACACGUUCAGAACGCUCUGGAAAUGAUGCAACAGUUCUGUGAACCCAGCGCAGGUCUGGCACUGAACCAGCUCUCACAAUCUGCUUCCAUAAAACCAAACAAAGAGUGUGUGUCAUCAUGCACACUGAAUAUCUGCUUCAGAGCACUGACUUCAGAUCAGACGCUUUACUUUUAACGAAUCCAGACAUUGUUCAGCCAUUUUGAUGUGGAUUGAUAGGAGCAUUCACACAUUAUGAAAUCAUUUUGCAAAUGACAGCAGCAAAUUGUAUUAAGGAUCACAAAAGGAAUCGAAACUGGAACCAGAGCUGUACUCCAUAAACUUAAAAAGUUAUUUUUCCUAAGUUUAUUAAAUCGACACGUUUCUGUAACACAGUAAGCUGAUUCCCAUCCUCACACAGCUCUGAGCUGAAGGAAACUUUAAACCGUGUUCAUAAUCACGUCUCGCUCCGCCUUCAGCAGAAAUACUUCAUUCUUCAGCUCAAACUGAACUGAUUGUGUUUGUUAAACUCUCGCAUCUCCACAUCAAACAUGCUCCUUCUUUCAGUCCUCUUGGGCGGACUGAUCAUCUGUCCUCUGAUUCUCAAGCUGUUUUUCCCGUAUUUCUGGACAGACUUUGUUUAUCACACUGAGCUGUUGCGGAUUUUACUCAAAUUCGUUUCCCGCAGAAGAAGGCGACCUCUGUUUCUCGCUUUGGACAGAUUUUUAGAACAGGUCGAAACGCGGCCGAACAAGUCGUUCAUUGUUUUCGAGAACGAAAGAUACUCGUUUAAAGACGCAGACAGAGAGAGCAACAGAAUAGCGAACGCGUUACGGGCCGCGUCGGUUCUGAAACCGGGAGACACGGCGGUUCUGUUCAUGCUGAACGAGCCCGCGUUCAUCUUCUGCUGGCUCGCGCUGGCCAAACUCGGCUGCGCAUGCGCACUCCUCAACAGCAGCAUCCGCGCGAGGAGUUUGAUCACGAGCUUCAGCUGCUGCCGCGGCGCCAAAGUCCUGAUCGCGUCAGAAGCGCUGCGGCGAGCCGUCGAGGAGGUGAGUGAAGAUCUCCAGCAGGAGGACGUGAGCAUCUUCAUCAUGGCUGAAGAGCUGAAAUCAUCACGCAUGAGGAGUCUGACCAGAGCAGCGCGGGAAUCCUCCGACGCAGACGUUCCUCAAACGUUCAGAGCAAACGUGUCCUUCACGUCCCCUGCCGUCUACAUAUACACAUCUGGAACCACAGGUCUUCCUAAAGCAGCCGUGAUCACUCAAACGCGUCUGCUGGCUGCUCUUGCUGUGCUGGCGUCGAAUGGCGUAACAGACACCGAUGUGAUUUACGUGACCCUUCCUCUGUAUCACACGGCCGGCUUCCUCGUGGGCUUCAUGGGCUCCGUAGAGACAGGUUCAACUAUAAUAUUACGCCGCAAGUUUUCCGCAUCCCAGUUCUGGGACGAGUGUCGGACUCACGAGGUGACGGUGAUUCAGUACAUCGGAGAGGUUCUGCGCUAUCUGUGCAACACACCGAAGAGCGACAGAGAUAAAGAGCACGGCGUGCGUCUGGCCAUCGGGAACGGACUCCGGCCGGACGUAUGGAGGGAAUUCCUCCAGAGAUUCGGUCACAUUGAAGUCAGAGAGUUUUACGCCUCCACGGAGGGAAACCUGGGAUUCGUGAACUACGUGGGGAAGAUCGGAGCCGUUGGACGGGUCAGCUGGCUGCACAAGAAACUCUUCCCUUACGCCCUCAUUCAGUACGACACGGAGCGAGACGAGCCGGUCAGAAACUCCAGAGGCCUGUGUGUUGAGGUGCCUAAAGGGCAGACGGGGCUGCUGGUGUCCAGGAUCACCGGACUCGCUCCGUUCGUGGGUUACGCACAAAACGAGGCACAAACAGAGAAGAAGAGGCUGCGUGACGUCUUUAAGAGCGGCGAUCUCUAUUUCAACAGCGGUGAUCUGCUGAAGAUCGAUCACGACAACUUCAUCUACUUCCAGGACCGAGUGGGAGACACGUUCAGGUGGAAGGGAGAGAACGUGGCCACCACCGAAGUCUCGGACAUCAUCAGCGCGCUGGAGUUCGUCCAAGAGGCCAACGUCUACGGAGUUCGAGUUCCAGGUCACGAGGGUCGGAUCGGAAUGGCAGCACUGAAACUGAUGGAGGGAAUGGAGUUUGAUCGCACCGAAACGUUCAACCAUGUCUGCAGGUUCCUGCCGGGAUACGCACGACCUCGUUUCAUACGGAUUCAGAGCUCAAUGGACGUGACCGGCACCUUUAAACAGCUGAAGUUCAGGCUGGUGGAGGCCGGAUUCAAUCCCAGCAUGACCUCGGAUCCGCUGUACUUCCUGUGUGAGCGUGAGAGGACAUACGUCUCACUGACCCCAUCCGUCUACCGGCAGAUCGUAUCUCACGCCAUCAAACUCUGAUUGCUAACUAUUAUUGUUUAGGUGAACAUUGCUCAAAAAAUAUUUUCUUAAAGUACAAAAGAUGAGAAACACGUCUAUGAAUAAAAUUCAACUUUGUGCACUUCAUAACGAUCAAAAGCUGCUCUUUAAAUUACAGUCAGAUCCUAACAGAGUUCUUUUACUGCAUUAGUUUAAUGUCUGAUUUUUAAAACUUGAUCAGUGUCACAUUUUACCUUUUCUGCUGAACCGUUACGAAGAUUGUCAAAAAACAUUUCACUCUGACAGAAUCUAUGAUCACUCUAUGAAUUCCAUAUUAACUCCAAUGUUACAUUUAUUAUUGAGCCAGUGUUGUAAAUAAAGGAUAUCUUGAUGAUGUGAUGUAAACCAACAAACAAGUGGAGAGUUGAUUAUUAAUCACCUAACUGGAACAUUUACUGAAAUAUGGUGUCUGUGAUUUUUACAGGCACAUAAAUUCAACAUUUAUAUCAAGCAGGGACACAAAAUGAACUGAAUGUAUGUGUAAGGAGUAAAGAAGUUACACGGUACACGAGUAUUCACAAAAUAUUCCCAUAUGGGGGUGAAUUCAGUUUAAUUGGGACACUUUUUGUCAUUGUGGUGACCAGUGUUGGAGAAAGUUACUUUUAAAGGUAAUGCAUUACAAUAUUGCGUUGCUCCCUAAAAAAAGUAACUAAUUUCAUUACAUAAUUUUGAGGAAUACUGAAUGUUUUUGUGAAAGUGAGAUGAGUAAAUGUUCACAUUGAGUCUAGAACUACAAUAACAUCAUGUUCAAACAACACCUCUGAACUUUA